AUGGAACAACAAGGAAACGGUAACUCCGACGACAACGAAGACAAUAAAGGCCACACAAUGACGACAAUGAUAUAUCCUGCACAUGCAACUGACGAGUAUUUAAAAAUAACAGCUACCACAUCUUCAAAUGCUUUGAAGCAUUUUUUUCGUGCUGUCAUUGCAUCGUAUGGAGAGGAGUAUCUUCGACGACCUAACAAUGCAGAUAUGGUUAGACUAUUUAGAAAAGCAGAGCAAGGAGGAUUUCCUAGAAUGCUAGGAAGUGUGGAUUGUAUGCAUUGGGAAUGGAAAAAUUCUCCAACCGCGUGGGCUGGUGCGUGUAAAGAUGUUAAUGUAUUAUAUAGCUCACCUAUUUUCAAUGAUGUUGUCGAAGGUCUAGCCACAAGACCUUAUCGAUUAUGGCAUAGUGCACAAACUGGUGAUGUUAUGAAAUGUUGUAUAAUUCUUUAUAAUAUGAUCGUAGAAGACAACAACAAUCAAGAAGGUGAUGAUUUUGUCAAGGAUCCAUGA